AUGAUUCUCUCACGCUCUGUCUCCGUGCUUCAUUUGUACGGAGUCUCUUCGUCAGCACCGUCGAAGCUCUUGUCCCAAAAGUUCAAGGUCUCGUUUGCUCUCGCUUAUGGUUCAUCUGUUUCUUACCGUUUGAGCUCUAUGACUCGGAAAGAUGUUAUUGUUGCAGCACAAACUGGUAGUGACAAACCAAAGCCUAACAAAGAGCCUUUGUAUCCAGAGACAGAGCAUAAGCGGUUUGUUGGUAACUUGUCGUGCACUGUUACUUCUGAAUCAUUAGCUGGAGCGUUUAGAGAGUGUGGAGAUGUGGUUGGGGUUAGAGUUGUGUUUGAUGGAGAUACAGGAAGAUUACGGGGUUAUGGCUUUCUAUGA